AUGGAUGAAAUAAAUAACUCUCCCGUUAUUGCAAAUGAAGACGUGUUGGAAAAGUUAGAAACACAAGAUACUGAUGAUGAUCAUAGCGAACAGCAGGUACAAUUAUCUACCUUGAUACGAUCUGGUGUUAAUAAUUUGGAUAGAAAUAUAAAGAUUACAUUUCAUAUUGAUUCACAUUUUCUUAAUGUUUCCGAUGUUUUGAUUACACCAACUGUCAAUAGUCAGGGUUUUGUGAGUGACAAUCAUAUUUCUGCUGCUCAAUUGGUGCAACCAAAAGAUGGAUAUGAAAUAACAAUUACCGAUCGUGAAACUGUUAUAGUUGUCAUUCUAUCACCUUUAUUGAAUGAAUUAAUAACUCAAUCAAAAAUUAGAGAAAACACUAAAAUAAUGAUAACUAAAUAUAAAGUGCUAAUCGAUGAGAAGGUGAAAGGAAAGCAGAAGGGAGUUGUUUUCAUUCAAUCUUUGGAAAUUAUUUCACAAAACAAAAAACCACGAGUUUCAAUUGAAGAUUUUUCACAAGUUCUCGAUGAAGCAAGAGGAAAUAUUUGCCCACUACUGUCAGGAAGAGGAUUUUACAUGCCACUAGAGGAUGAGGAUAAUUUUGAUUUUGAGGUAUACAGUGGUACUGUACCAGAGGUAACUCUGGUAGAGCCAUUCGAGAAUGUGUCACAAUUGGCAGAUAUUAUUGGAAGUGGCGUAAAGAAACCAUUCAUUGCUAGAAUUUGGAAAAAGUCAAAGAUAAGAUACUUUGGAAAAACAAAUGAGGAGAAACAAUAUCCAAUGUUCUACGUAUUAUUAAUUACAGACAAAUCGACACCAAAAGGUGUACCAGUCACCAUUUGGAAUGAAUUAGCAUUGAAAACUUAUGGAGAUUUAAGUGUUGGCGAUAUUAUUUCAGCAGAGGAAUAUAGAGUGAAAAAUUUCCACGAUUCUGGAGUUUUCUCAACCAAAUUCAAAACUGAAAUUUCUAUCAACCCAACAAAAUCACGAGUAAUUCCAAUUCAAAAGUUGGACGAUAGAAUUGCUAGCUUUGCUCCAAUAGAAUUUCCACUCACAAAUAUUAACACUAUUAUUCAAUCUAAACUCGAUGGAACAGUACUGAAUAUCAUGGGCAUUGUAGCAAAUAUUGGCCCUUACAGAAGAGAAAAGAGCCAACAUCAAUUCUCUCAGUAUAGAUAUGUCACAUUAAUGGAUCCUUCUAGCAUUUCUGCGAUGUCUGUAAAAUUAUAUACUAAUUCAAGAAAGCACAUUUUGGAUACUGUUCAAAUUGGUCAAGUUGUGCUUUUGACUGAUGUUUCUGCACAUACAUUCCUAACCUGUAUGGACAAGGCUCAAACUACAACUAGUAAUUUAGAAAGCUCAUUCAUUACUCAUGUAUUUACAGAAUCGCAAUUAUCUACUCUAAAUUUUGCCUCUAAUAUCAAGGAAAUUACUGGAUACUUUGAGGAUUUGAAUGAAUGGAGAGAAAAUAAUAAGGACUUUUUCAAUACUUGCCUUUCUGUGCCAACAACAUUUGGACCUUCGAGGCAAUAUCCUAUUCCAGACUUUCAAGAUUUUGAAUCAUUCAAAGCAAGAUAUGUCAACAUUCCUUGGAUUUAUUACAAGGAAUUAUUUGAGAUUCCUACUACUCUUCAACGUUUUCAAAGUACUAAUGUAAUUGUCAAGGCAGUGGUGAAGGACAUAACCAUUGAAAAUAACCUUAAAAGAAAGAGAUCUCAAGAGGAUGAGAGUAAGAUGAAAAAGUCCAGCGAUGCCAGCUCGACCAGAAGUGAAGAAAAUUCCUAUGAAGACGAAAUUGACACUGCCUAUACAAUUUUAAGCCUAGAAACAGAGGUAAGUUUCAAUUCAAUACAAUACAAAUUGGAAUAUGAUAUUAAUUUAACAACCUGCAAAGGGAGUAAAUGGAGAUAG